UAGAUCUUCAUUUUGCACGACACAGGAAGGGAUAAUCACAGAAGCCACAACCCGCGGCCCCCAAAACCUAAACCCUACUCUCUCUCUCUCUCUCGCGCGCGCGCGCCCUGCGUGUUUGGGUGUGUUAAUCAUAAUAGGGUUAUUGUAGUUUAUGAUUGGAAUUGGAAGAGUAUGGCGUCGGAAAGUGCGUCGAGAUCGAGCUCAGCGGCGGAUUCGUACAUAGGGAGCUUGAUAAGCUUGACUUCCAAGAGCGAAAUCAGAUACGAGGGCGUUCUCCACCAAAUCAACGCCGAUGAGUCCAGUAUUGCUCUCAGAAACGUACGAUCAUAUGGAACAGAAGGAAGGAAAAAAGAUGGCCCACAAGUUCCUCCAGGCGACAAAAUUUAUGAAUAUAUACUGUUCCGUGGGAGUGACAUCAAGGAUUUACAGGUUAAAGCUUCUCCACCGGUUCAGCCUACAGCACCUAUAAACAAUGAUCCAGCAAUUAUUCAGACUCACUAUCCUCGCCCAGUUUCUACAUCUACAAGCUUGCCUCCUGCCGGUAGUGGGUCUUUGACGGAUCUUAGUUCCCAUAAUGCACAGUUGGGACUCCAUGGGUCAAAUUUCCAAGGUGGCCUGCCACUAUUCCAACCUGGAGGUAAUAUAGGGUCUUGGGGAGCUACACCACCUCCUCCUAGUGCAAAUGGUCCUGGGCUUGCUAUGCCAAUGUACUGGCAAGGAUACUAUGGCCCCCCAACUGGGCUUCCACAUUUGCAUCAACAAUCUUUGCUUCGUCCACCACCUGGGCUGCCAAUGCCGCCUUCAAUGCAGCAGCCAAUACAAUAUCCUAAUUUUAAUGCCCCUAUUCCCACUGGAGCUUCAAACUUACCUGAAGUUCCAUCUCCUAUGCCUCCUGCCAGUUCUGGUUCCCUGAAUUUUAUACCCAAUUCCUUGGCACCAUCAACACUGCCUUUGGUGCCUUCAGCUACACUAGCUUCUGAAACAUUAGGAAACUCAGUGCCUAACAAGCCACCACCUAAUUCUGGCCUUCCAGCAGUCGUACAAAGUUCUAGUUUGCCAUCUCUGGCUCCUUUGGCUACUCCUAGUCUGGAUAUAAAUGCUAUUGUGCCACCAAUCUCGAACAAACCUAGUGCAAUUUCUGGUCCAAUCUUGUCAUUUCAAACCUCGUCCCAAUCUACCUCCUCUAUUGUUGGGAAAUCCAAUUCUAUUCGCACAGAAACACCUGCACCAUCAUUGGUAACUCCAGGUCAGCUGUUGCAGCCUGUACCUGCUGCAGUUUCUUCAUCGCAAACUUCACAAACAGCACAUAAGGAUUUAGAGGUGAUUCAAGUAUCAUCGUCAUCAUCAUCAGCAGAGCCAACAGUGCCAAUAUCAGCAGAAGCUCAGCCGCCGAUACUGCCGUUACCAGUACCUUCACGAGUUGCACAAAAGCCAAAUGGAAUUCCUUUCCAACCUCGUCAGGGUUACCGGGGACGUGAUAGAGGAAGAGGAACUGGGAGUUCACGUCCAGUGACAAAAUUCACUGAAGAUUUUGAUUUUAUAGCUAUGAAUGAGAAAUUCAAGAAGGACGAAGUGUGGGGCCAUCUUGGUAAGGGUAAUAAAUUUUAUUCAAAGGACAAAGAAGGAGAUGAAAAAGUUAGUGAUGAAGAUGAUAUUCAAGAUGAUGAUGAUGCUCAAUUGUCAAAGUUAGAGGUCAAGCAGCCUGUCUAUAAUAAGGAUGAUUUCUUCGAUUCCCUCUCCGGCAAUGCAUUUGAUCGUGAAUCACAUAAUGGAAGGACAAAAUUCUCCGAGCAAAUGAAGAUAGACACAGAGACUUUUGGUGAAUUCUCAAGGUAUCGGGGUGGUCGAGGAGGUCGUGGACCUGGGCGUGGUGGUCGUUCUCGUGGUGGUUAUUAUGGAAGGAAUUAUGGAUAUGCUGGGAGGGGGCGGGGGCGAGCCAUCUCCAGUCGUGCGCCUUAGGUAGCACUAGGUCUAUUGAAAUGAUAUAGUGGGUAAAUAUGAAGCCCGUCUGCUCACAACAGCAAACAGGUUUAGGGCUGGGUUUGUUUUGGUUGUGUUUUUUUAUAAUUGUUUUUUGUUUUUUUUUGUUUUUAUCGUCUAGAAAAUAAAGAGUAGGAUAUGCAUUUUGAUUUCAAAUUUGUCUUAAUCUACUUCCCGAAUCUAACUGUCCUUUAUUGGAGGUAAUGAAAUAAACGUUCUGCUUGCA